GAGCUUAUUUUCUUGCUAAGAUGUCGUAUGAGUGGCGGAAUAAAGUAGUGAUGAUCACCGGGGCCGCUAACGGCAUCGGAGCUUGUGUGGUGCGCUUGCUGCUCGAAGAGGGGGUUAAGCAUAUUGCCGUUCUCGAUGUAGACGAGACGUCUGGCAAGGCUCUCCAAGACGAACUUAACACCAAGUAUGGGUCCGGCAAGACAAGAUUCUACCGGUGCGACGUGACCUCCGACGAUCAGCUGAUCGCCAUAUUUGACUCUCUAGUGAAAGAACAGGAGAAUAUUGAUGUGGUAAUCAACAACGCGGCGCUUAUGAACGAUAACGUUUAUAGGAAAGAAAUCGAAAUUAAUGUGACUGCUCUAGUAACAAGCACAUUGAAAGCCUUGGAGCUGAUGCGAGUAGACGAAGGCGGCAGAGGGGGAACUAUCAUAAACGUCUCCUCGACAGCGGCGCUUAAGCAGACUUCUUUGAUGCCUGUAUGUUUUGGCAUUAAGGCUGCAGUACUACAGUUCAGUAACUGUAUCGGGAAAGAAGAAUACUUCGCCAAAACAGGCGUACGAGUGUUGACUGUAUGUUUUGGACCUACAGCCACCGAGCUGGUUAAGCCAACCAAACUGGGCUCAUUGGAUAAAAACAUUACGCCAGAGAUUCUUGCUGGAGCACUGGCUACAAAAAUCCACCGGAAGUAA